AUGCUAUCCGAACUUGAUGUUUCGAUCGAAAAUAUCAUCUUCUCCCCUGAUAUGAAAAAGAUGGUUUAUUUUGAGCGGAAAUCUGGUGGACCACAUAAUUCAUCACUUGCGAUGAUUUUAUAUGAUUGGUAUAAUAAAACUGCGAAAGUAGUGGUGUCCACUGUUGAUUUUUCUUUCGGCAAAGAUGGUUUUCCUGGGCUUUAUGAUGUGGAUUUUCCUGAAAGAUGUUGGUCCACAGAUAAUGGACGUAUCAUUUUUUCUUCAGCUUGGUCAUCCAAAAAAGAAGUUAUCUGUGUAAACACGAAAACUGCUUCUUUACAGAAACUUACGAAUCUUGAUGCUGUUCAUGGAUCUUGGAUCGUACGUGAUGUUUCUUUUGAUCAUAUUUUGGUUGAGUUCUCGUCCCCGUCCAUUCCACCAUCAUUUUUCCUUGCUAAAUUGCCUGAAAGUGGUGCAGAAACUAAGAUUGACAAUCUACGCAUCAGCGAAUUGAAAUGGAUUGAGGUCGAGCACUAUCAAAAAAUCAUAUUGUUUAUCACCCGGGAUUUUCAAAGCAAUGGUGUUGUCAAGUUGGAAAAAGUAGAGCAACAACAAUACUUGUCUGAUUAUACUAAAAAAGAAACCCGUUUCGACGUUAUAUUGUAUCUUAAAUGUAUGGUUAUUUUCAAGGCAAAAGUCAGGGAUCGCUUUGAAAUUCCGAAUCUUAUGCAUAGAGAACCAGAAUUAUGUGAUGAACUUAAAUAA